AUGAAUAGCUUUAUUUACUUCCCGAACGAGAAUUUUGCAGCCAAGGUAAAUGUGAACACAUUGAAUCGGGAAGGAGUGGCCCCAAUUCAUCGAGCUGUUCGCAUUAAUGAUGUUGGGGCAUUAGCCUCUUUAUUAGAAAGCGGCGCAGAUAUCAAUCUUGCAGACAGAACUGGAUCGACGCCUCUUAUCACUGCUACAAGGUAUACACAAGUCAGUUCAUCAGCCGUUCAUUUUAAUAACUCCACAUAGAGAUUCUCAAUCUAGAUAGCGCGGAAUAUUCUUUCUCUUUCUUCUCCUUUGAUUUAAAUCUUAGCCUUUUUACACUAAUAACCGAAUAGGAGAAAAGUGAAAACAAAGGCAAUCCUUUAUUACAUUUCAUGUUGCAAUUUAAUACGUUUUAUAAGAGGAUAAUUGUGCAGUCCCACUCGUUUUAUAAGUAAAGAUUGAUCCAAAUUUAAGCGACAUAAGUUUUGCUCAACAAGCAAACAGGCACCUUGGCUUCGUGAAUCGAACAAUACUGGAAAUAAAUAUGUUGAAUUUAAAGUAGAACUUUGUAUCGUUGUUUCGUUUGCAGAUUUAACAGAUCAGAGGUGGUUAAGCUUCUUCUUGAAAGAGGAGCUAAUCCUCUUAUAGGAAAUGAGUCUUUUUCGAUUUCACCACUUCACGAAGCUGCCAGAAGGGGUUUCACGGAGAUUUGUAUUCUACUGCUGAAUGAUUCCAGAAUAAAAGCUACCACUAUAAACUACGGACAUGUUUCGCCUUUGCACAUGGCCUGCUUUGGCGGAGAUCGAGCCACAUGUGAACUGAUCUUAAAACAUGGUGCCGAUGUUACCUACAUUUCGAAGGUAACUAAAAAUACUCCACUUCAUUUUGCGGCUUGGAAUGGGGAUGAAUAUAAUUGCAAGCUUCUUAUCAACGCAGGUAAUUGUUCGUUCUCCCUGACGUACAUGAAUCAUUUGUUAUGGUUCGUGUUGGUUUCGAGGACUCGUUUAAAACAAGAGAAUCACACGAUACUAUUUUCAGUAUUGGCCAGUCAACUUGUACGAGGGAAUACUUCACGGACAUGUUUUUCAAAGUGUGUGCCGCUAUAAGGUAGCUCAUAGGGUAAUAGGUCUGAAAUGCGGUACUGAGAUCACAGCGAACAUAGAGUGCUGAGAAUUGUAUCGCUAAAUGAUUGGAAAGCUGUUUCCGAAACGACUUCUCUUCUGGAUCUCUUUUGCGAAUAGUGUGUUCAGUAAUCGAUAUAUUUGGAACGGGUGGUGUUUUUAUAUCGUCCAGGAGAAUUUGAAGUGUACCCAAAUGCUAUCUAUAAUAGCAACUUAAGAUUGUCAGAGACCCUGUGAAAUGCGCUACACACCAAAAUUCAACAUAACCCCAUGAGAAAUAUCAUGACUUUAUAGUAUUAUUUCUUCGAGAAAUACCUAGUCGGUUAUCAUGAAAAAGUUUCUUGCUAUACGAAACGUAGAGUAUUAAAUUAACUUAGGUUUAAAAUAGAAAUUGUCAAUUGUUUCUUUUUUGUUUGUUUGUUUUGUAAAAGCUUCCAAGACGCUCUCCUCUGUAAGCGAAUAUAUCAAUACAAGAAACAAAGAAGGAUCAACAGCCUUUCAUGUUGCGUGCAUGAGAGGAAAUGUGAAUGUAGCUGAACUUUUUUUGCGUCACGGAGCGGAUCAUGAUUCGCAUAAUUGGUCGGAGAACAUGUCCCCACUUCAUCAUGCAGCCAAAUGCGGCUUUGUGGAGUUGGUUGAACUCCUCAUCUUGUACGGAGUAGUCGUUGAUGCAAGGGAUAGUAAUAUAAGGACACCAUUGCACAGGUAGCUAAUUUGGGAUAUUUGUGGAAAGUUUCUAAUACUUUUUCUUUACCCUGCAUGGAUUACCAGUUUCAUGCAACAGAGUGUAAAUUUAAGAUUGAGGGUAGUCGACAAAGCACGAAGUCUAAUCACAGCAUGACUGUGUAAGUUAAAUGCCUUCUGGCCUGAGAGUCAAUCUGAAUGGGAACAUGGAAACGAAUGUUCACAUAUAGAACGGAUUGAUUUUAAGUUUACAGCAUUUGCCUUUUCGUCUCCAGUUACUAUUGAGGAGAAUUUUGUAUUUAGGACCAAGAGAAAAUAAGGUGAUUUUCUGUUGAUAGGACAGAUUGCAUAAUAUUCUGUGAAAAUCAUCUCUGACAUUGCAUAGUAGAGAAUCAAAAACAUUGUUUAAUCCUUUUUUGAGUAAGUUUUUUUUUUUUAAUUCUUUACUUCUUCUUCCUCUUUUCAAAUUGCCAAUAAUUCGGUUGAGCGUCUCUUCAACAAUUUUCGUUCUGGCUGCGGAGCUCAUUUAUGAUAACUUCGGUGUACUAUCAACCACAAUUUUUAAUGAUUAACACAUUUUUCUUGUUUUUGAUGAAAAUUUAGUGCUGCAACAUUUAAUCACGUUCGAAUAGUCGAGCUACUUGUGGAGAAUGGAGCAGAUCUAGAGACCAAAGACCAGUUAUCGAUGACGCCUCUGCUGUUGGCAGUGAGCCAUGGAGCAUGCCACACUGUGAAAGCUUUGUUGGACUGCGGAGCGGAUAUAACCGCAGUGGACUCCUCAUUGAAUAGUUGCCUUCAUUUGGCAGUAAUCUUCAAUAAGCCGGAAAUGGUGAAGCUAUUAUUAGAAAGGGACGGAGACAAAUUGAUAAGAUGCAGGAAAAAAGACUUGAAGACGGUGUUUCAUUUGGCAGCUGUUCUGAAAGAUCCAAAGGUACUUACUGUAACAUGGCAGCUUUUCCCAACGAAACGGCGAUGUCAGCCACUCAGGGGUUAUAUGGUCUUACCUAACCAAUUUCCACUAUAGCAAUAGCAUUGUACCCCAAAGAAACUUGAAAGCGGAGACGACCGAGUCCCGCAUUCUGGCGAAUUAAAAGAAACGAACAACCUAUACUUUGCCCUCCAGGAACUAACUGAAUAAAUUUGCAAACUUUUUGUUUGUCUCUUUAGAUUCUGGAGAUUCUCGUUCAAAGGGCGCCGAAAACGGAGGAAUAUUUUUGCCUGCGGGAUGCACACGAGAAAUUGCCUAUUCACGAUGCCGCUGCAAGUGGAUCCCUUAAUUGCUUGCGGGUUCUCACUCUUUGCCCUUUUCUUGUAAAUGAGAGAGACAGCGAAGGAAGUUCGCCUCUUCAUUUAGCUGCCAGCAACAAGCACACGUGGGUACCCCUUAUGAUGUUUUAUUUAAAAAAUACUCCAACGUGCUCACUCACGCAAAGCCUUUGUAUUACGACAUUAAGUGCAUUUGAGACUUUGUCUAGACUCGUAUGUUGCGCCAUAGUGCUGUUCACUCGGACCAAUCAGAUUUAGACUUUUUUUAAGAUGGCUACUUUAUAAACGCUAUCUGCUAUUUCAGUUUUUCUAGCAAAACUCUCUAAGGCUUUCGCUGUGACCAAGGCUUUGUCACAAAUCUUGAAAAUACACUUGAUGUACAUGUGCAGCAUCCAAACAUAUUUUGUUUCCUUAAUUCUUCAUGUAUAAUUUUCAGCGAGGCAUGUGAGCUAUUGAUCCUAAAAGGAGCUGAAGUAACUUCCUGUGAUAUACACGGUCGCACGGCUCUUCAUUUGGCAGUCAAGGCUGGUUCUUUAAAAACAGUCAAGAUUGUACUUAAUUACCUUUUGUUAAGCACGCUCGAGGAAAAAGACGAAGAUGGGAACACUCCUCUUCACAUAGCCUGCAGGUACAAUCGCCUUGAUAUUCUCCACUUCUUUUUGGACCAAGGAGCUGACGUCACGGCUCUAAAUAACAGAAAAAUGACUUGCCUUGAUGCUGCUAUUGAAUGGGAAGCCAAAGAUGUGGCCAUGACACUGAUGAAACACGAAAGGUACAUUUUUAGGUCUUGAAAUUAGCUGGAGAGAAGAGGGAUUGAUGUUCUUGUUCUAUUUAGGUGUAUAUAAAUAGGUUCAGUUUAGGGAAAAUUGUCUUCAGCUACCUAAAGGAUUGUUCGGGGCAAGGAGGAAGUGCACGACACACAUUGUUGGCUUGGUUUGCUCUGAGGUUUGACUUGGCCAUAUUUUCCUGUGAUAUUUGUUCGUCCCUCCAUUUCACCUGAGUAGCAGCUAGCGCUGUGAACUUUUGCUCAUAGCCAAUUUAUUCUAAUUCUAGUGUGUUACCGGCAUUACAGUGAAAAAGAAAUUUUUAAUAGGAUAAGGAAGCUUCUAAUGGGUGAUAAAGAAAAUAGUGGAGAUAACAUGAUUCCACCAGGAAAAAGGUAACAAAUAGAUUGCAUGUUUCCAUGCGUUUGUCCAAUAAUAGAUCACGGAUGACGUCAAUAUGUGGUAAGAACGAAAACGUGGCGUAAGAUGCGCAGCUUAGUGUGUAAUCGAUAUUCUUACCACAAUUUGACGUCGUCUGAGAUCUAUUAUUGGACAAACGCACGGCAACAUUGAAUCUAUUUGUUUUAUGUCAUAAAAAGCGAAAUAUAGUCAAUGGUGACGUCAUCCAGCCAUACGUCUGUCCUCCAAUAGGUCAUAGGCAACAGCCAAUCGAAAUGCAUGUAUGAUUUAUCUUAUCAUAUAAUGACCAUUAAGAACCAAUGCUAUUCCUUGAUUACAUAGUUGUUAAACGUUGAAAUUGCACAAUGAUGUAAUAGCUAUUGAAUGGUUAUAAAUUUUUAGGUGGGAAGAGGUGCUUCAAUGCUCACCAGGUGUUGGUGUUCACCCGAUGAGAAAACUGAUCGAAAAACUUCCAGAUGUGGCAGAAGUUGUUCUUGAUAAGUGCAUUACCUACAGUUCACACCCUCCGUCUCACGAAGAAUUUUCAGUUACAUUUAACCUGGUUCAUUUGGAUCCUGAGCCUGAUUGUCACAGUUACUUCGGGCCAGCGUGCAUGGCAAAAGAUCGACGAGAAAAAUUGCUCAAUCACAGUGUCACUCAAGCGUUGUUGAGAUGGAAAUGGCUAAUUUUGGGAAAGUGUGUCUCCUUGAUUAACUGUGUUGUAAUGGCCGCUUAUGUCAUCCUGUUCUCAUAUCUCUUUGUUGUAGAGAGGAACAAAAUCAAUUUUUCAUUCACCUCAUUUGAGAAAGCAGCCAACGGAGAUGUCAAAAUUAAAUCGUCGUUUGAGAUGACCGUGGCUUUUGUUAUACUAGUGUUUUUGAUCAUCCAGCUCAUCAAGGAAGUUAUUCAAAUCAUUUGGCAGCGGUUUUCCUACUGUAGAGAUAUCACAAACUUGUCAGAGUUAGUAAUGUACGUAUUAGUCUGGAUUUUUAUACUUCCUCAUAUGACUGAGAGAAUUAUAUACAGCACACAGACUCAAUGGAUAGCAGGUAUACUCGGUCUUCUACUAAGCUACAUCAAUUUUACAUUAUCUCUUCGUCGCUUUGGUGGACUUGGUUUGUACGUCACAAUGUACGUGGAAGUUCUUUAUACAUUUCUGAAAGUGAUGUCCACAUUUACGAUUGCCCUGAUUGGAUUCACCUUGGUAUUUUAUGCCUUGUUGAAAGAACAGGUAGGAACGGUUUCGCAGAUAUUACGGAACUUUUCGUAUUCAUUACCGUAAAACUAGUGAUGUUUCAAGAAAGACGUGUUCGGAUCAAUUCAGGGGCAUUAUUUUGUGACUGGAACUGAAAUGUGAACUUCUAUGUGAUUGUUAAGUGCAUGAAGAUCCAUCGGUGUAAAAAGCAGAAUCGUUCGCGGUACAGUAUAAUUUUCUGGUGUUUCAAAUUUUAUAUCAUUUCUGAAUGUUAACUUGAAUUGCAUGCCUUAUAGGUUUUGGGUUUAUUUCUCUCUUAGGGUAAUUUCUCAUCUUUCUGGUACGCUUUUGCAAAGAUCCAGGUCACAAUGGUUGGUGAGUUAGACUACUCAAAUAUGUUGGUUGACAAAGCUGUGGACAACGAGACAGUGCCUGGAACAAACAUUCCAUAUGUUCCUUUGCCAACACUUACCUUCUGUCUGUUCUUAGCGUUCAUACUGUUAGGUAGUGUUGUGCUCGUCAACUUGCUGGUACGUAAGAUAUCAAUUCCCUAUGUCACUAUAUUACAGGCCACCCGUUGCUUGACAUACAUCAAAAAACGAUCUUUAGUUGUAAGGCGAGCUGAGCAGAGUAUCGUUAGUCAUUGAUAAGACGUGGUUUUCUCUACCUGAAGAAAGAUAUAUUUGGGGUUCUUGUUGAUACAUUCUAGAAUUCGAUGUCUCUAUAGUAGUGGAAGUUGAAGUUGGAGUAGCAGUUAGAGUUAAUAAAUGUUGUAAGAGUAAGGCAGUGGUACAUUAAAGAAGUAGCUAUUGUGAUCCAAGACUCCUGGUACCCUUCGUUCAGCGAGUUUGUUCAAGCUGUAGUCUCCUAACGUUCCAAUGAGGAGGUGAACCCGGGCACCGGGCAUGGUUGCUACGUCGAUCGGGCAGUUGCUGUUAUUGUCAUCCAAAAGUUAACGAAAGUUGUGUUCCAUAAUCAUAGGUUGGUUUAGCAGUUGGAGAUAUCGAGUCUAUUCAGAGGACAGCUAGUUUACGAGCCUUGAUUGACCAAGUGUUUUUUUAGUUGACGACAUCGUCAAAUCCUAUCCAAGGUGGAUUUUACGAAAGAUCUACAGAAGCUCGUUGAGAAUAAAACCAAACCAAAACAGUUUCAUGAAGUGGUAAGUAUUGUUUUUCGAUACGUAACUUUUCUUUUUUUUUUUUUUUUUCACGUCAGUGGCCACUUCAUUCGUGAGCUUUCAUCUACAUCUCAGUCUCUAAUUCUUCUAUUUCCGGUGUUUGUUCCUUGAUUAAUUUUAUGUAUCACUCUGAGAGAUUAUCCCUGUUAAUCAACUGCCUUCCGAAUGAGUUUUCAUGCAGUCACGCCCAAACUUUAGGCUAAUGGGAUCUUAUGAAUUAUAAGUCGCAGAAUACAAAAGCGGGCAAUGACUGUACUGAGGGUUCAACUAAGGGUUCUCAAAGCUUGGUUGAUGCCAAAGAGAGACUAAGAAGUUCUAUUUUUCAUACAUAGCAGUUGUAUUAUUAUUUUACUCGAACUCUCAUUUACAUUUUAGGGUCACACUAUCUGCUACCGAUAUCACAGGAAGUGAUUUUGUAGAAAUGCUGCUGAACGGCGCAUCCAGCGGGAACUAUAGUGAUAGUUGUCGACAGGCACAGUUGCAAGAGGAAAUACAAGAGGAAAGGAUGCAAAAACUCCAGGCCACUGUGGAAGCACAAAGCAAACUCCUUGAGGCAAUGGCUGAAAGGUUGAAUAUAAAGGAUUAUCAAUAAAAGGCUGGUUGAUCACACAAAAGAAAAAAGAAACAACUACCCUCAUGAAGGAUUGACUAUCCCAUUUAGCGAAUUAUGGAACAAGCGACCCAGUGUUCAUUGAUUCAGUUUGAAUAUGCGCGCUUGUCCCAGAUGUUAUUAAGUCUCAAAAAACGUUCAAUCGUUUUCCUUAUAUUAAUAUUAUUUUAAAAGUGAUCAUAUGUUAAAAGAAAUUACUCCCACACCAUCUUCCUUGAUAUUUUGAAUGUCCCAGUAGCAUUCAGUUUAGGAACUAACUACGUUGAAAGAAAAGAAGAUAUUAAAAUCAAAUUAGUUAGAAGUAAUCCACUUCAGAAAGUUGCCCUUGUCAGUUAUUACAUAUUUAAUUUAAUUAUGUUGUCAUUGUGCAUUCAUACCGAGUGUAAAUGAUAAAGAAUGUGGAAGUUGCUAAUUAAAGUUGCCUGC